CACGAAAAGCUGACAAGCCAGUAAACUAGCCGUCAUUGGAAGUCAGAGAUUUCCACGCGUGUGUCAGUUUUAGAGAUUUUAAAAUCUUUUUUACGAGUUUUCUAAACGCAACUUUUCUACGAAGAUGAUGGCUGCGACAUUUUUUCUGGCUGUUUUAACCCGAAUGACACUUGUGCUAAGGCUAGCUCGUUAGCUACUGCUAGCAGUCCUUGCUGUUUACUCCGUCAGCCUCCCUCCGGCGGGGGGGCCUCGUCCAUCGACCUCAGGAAUCUAAAACCUGCAAAGAAUGUUCCUGGUGGGCCUUACGGGAGGCAUCGCCUCGGGCAAAAGCUCCGUGUCUUCGAUGCUGCGAGAGCUCGGCUGUCCCAUCAUCGAUGCAGAUGUUGUGGCCAGAAAAGUGGUUGAGCCGCACACUCGAGCUUAUUCUCGCAUCGUCUACCACUUUGGACCAGAGAUUGUUCUGGAGAACGGGGAAAUCGACAGGCAGAAACUGGGCCAGAUCAUCUUUGCCAGUGAGGAGAAAAGGAGGCUUCUGAACUCCAUCACCCACCCAGAGAUUCAUAAGGAAAUGCUGAAAGAGAUCCUGCUAUACUUCCUCAGAGGGUAUCGCUAUGUGGUCCUGGAUGUUCCCCUCCUCUUUGAAACCAGGCGCCUCACUAAGUUUCUGAACCACACUGUCGUGGUUUACUGCGAUCCUGCCACUCAGCUGCAGCGCCUCAUGCAGAGGGACGGCCUGACCCAGGAGCAAGCGGAGCAGCGCGUGGCUGCACAGAUGCCGCUCAACGAGAAGCGCGGCUUGGCCAACCACGUUAUCGAGAACUCGGGCAGCCGGGAAGACACCCACCGGCAGGUCCUGCGGCUCCACACAAAGCUGGAAGACUCCAUGGACUUCCUGUUAGUGAGGGCAAUCGCCAUCGCCGCCACGGCGGGUCUGAGCGGGAUACUGCUUUACGCAGCCAGGAUACUUAUGUCUUAACAGAGGGGGCAGGAUGAAGGAAACUUGGGUUUUAGUCUGAAAGGUUUUCAAACGCGAGCUGUCAGUAGAAUUGAGCAAUGACAGGCUUAAUGACAGUAAAGAUGAAUUUAACUGUGAAAUUAGCCUGACAGCACGUAACACUACACUGCCAGCAGUGUGGCCUCCUGUGACAGUGAACACCGACCUGCAUUACUUACUAAAGCUGCAGUUUAACCUGAAGGUUUUUAUGUGCAAUCACUGUUUUUAGACAAUUGCAACAAUCUAAAGCGGUUCAAACACUGGAAAAACUCGUAGCUGAUGCUUCAGACGGUGUUUGGACUGUGAAUACUUAUUUAUUUUUUAUCAUUUACCAUUAUAGGAAUAACUUAUUUUAAUCAAACUGUCAAAUUGGGAUAGUUAUGAUGGAUGGGUGUCAAUCAAAAUCCAGUUUUUGAGUUGUUUUUAUUUGCAGAAUGUCGGCGCUUGACUGGACUGAUGUUCUCAGAACGUUUGAUAAAAAUGUAAAAAAUAAAAUAUUCAACCAGUCUGUUUUGACAGUAGGAAGUAGCAAACAAUUCCUCUUUUUCACUGUAUUUUCUCACACUUUAGCUGCCUUUAAAACACCUGUUUGGUUGUUUUCUUUGCACAGUCAUUUGUAAAUGACAGAAUGACGCAUUUUUGAAGGGAAUGAUGACACUGUCUGUGUUCCACACAAGAAUUUUGCACUUUUUUUCCACAUUUGGAGGCUGAAAAAAAUGAAUGUUUCACAGUUUAAAUCUACCUAUGAACAACAAUAAAAACAUUUAGCAUGAUUUUCUGGUGACAUUUUUCUAGCACCAAAUCAAAAACCAGAAAUAUGUAGCUGAGUUUGUCUUUGUGGAGCUAAGAAAUUCAAAUAUUGGAUUUAUCCUUUGCUUCCCUGAACAGUUUUUUUUUUUAUAUAUAUAUAUAUUUCAACCAAGUGGAAUAAACCAUUUUUAUUCACUGAAAAGGUAAAAGCAUCAACUUAAAAAUGUUGCUGUUUUUCUGACUUUGAAUACAUUAAAUAAAGUUACAACCUUUC